ACUGUCAUGCAGUUGGGGAUAUGUUACUUCUCGUUACUGUUUUAUAUUGCUCUACUAGACGUGUUGGAGUGUUUAAACUCUACAGUUCCGGCGCGGUUUCUUCUGUUCAGUGACACGCGCGCACUACGAUUUCUGUCAAUUGAAGAGUCACCCAAAGAACUCCUCUCUCCUCUCGUCAAUAUCUCCAGCGCCAGAGCCGUCGAUUUCAACGCCAACACGCAGCAAGUCUACUGGACGGACGUCAUACGUGAUACGAUUUCAGUAGAAAGCAUCCGGGAUAGCGAGCGGCAUGUUUUAGUGAGGGGGUUGGCAUCUCCUAACGGUUUAGCUGUUGAUUGGGUGAGCAACCUUCUUUACUUCACCGAUGAAGCGAAAGGAGUGGGUGUUGUUGGAGUGGCGAGCAUAGAUGGCCGUUACAUCGCGAUGCUUGUCGACGACAACUUGGAGCUUCCGCGAGCAAUAGCAGUGGAUCCACAGGCGGGGUAUGUAUACUGGGCAGAUUGGGGUGUGUCUGCAAAGAUUGAGAGGUCGUAUAUGAAUGGGAGAGGAAGAAUGACUUUGAUUUCAAAGGGUCUGUCGACUCCGAAUGCUCUACUAUUGGAUCUGAUACAUAGAAAGAUGUACUGGGCAGACUCGACUUUAGACAACAUUCAAAUGAGUAAUCUUGAUGGGUCUUCACACUCUGUUUUGUCUACGUUUUCGGGACGGGCACCUUUUGCUAUGGCUAUGGAUCACAAGCAUAACUCCACGUCUUUGUACUGGACUGACAGACUAACACAAGCCAUCUACCAUACGGUUGUUGAUGGUAAUGAUUCUGCUACUACAACGUACUAUACUACCUCCUUGGUGCCUUAUGGAAUGGCAUUAUAUGAGGCGGAUAGAACCGGUGGGACGAACUGGUGUAGCUCUUCCAAUCACAGCUGUGCGCAAUUGUGUCUUUCCAUGCCGUCAUCUGGUACGUGUACGUGCGCUUAUGGCACACUGGAGUCAGAUGGAAAGUCGUGUGGAGUUCCAGACAAGUACUUUCUAGUCGCCACAAACAAUGCAAUUCGCGGCCUAAUCAUCAACGAAACUGGACAUGACCUGAAAGAUGCCAUCGAACCAGUCUGGUUGGACGACGGCAGUCAAGCCUCGGCCAUCGAUUACGACGUCAAAACCAACAAGAUCUUCUUCAGUGACAUUCGCAAAGGGCAGAUUGUGGAGAUAACGAGCAACGGUACUCAACGAGUUGUUGGGAACGGAUUGGGUGAAGUCUAUGGUCUCGCGUUUGAUUGGACGAGUGAUCUCAUCUAUUACACGGAUUCCAGUAGCAACAUUAUUGGUGUCCUGCACACGAGUGGGGAUGUCAAACUGGCUGUUGUUGAGAGUGGAUUGGAUCGCCCGAGAGACAUAGUGCUGGAUCCAGCAAACGCUAUGAUGUACUGGACGGACUGGGGAUCGAAUCCAAAGAUCGAACGAGCCUACAUGAGCGGCAGAGGAAGGCAGACUCUAGUCAGUAGACGUCUCUUGUGGCCCAACGGCAUCUUUCUCGAUUUGUCAUCGAGAAGGCUUUAUUGGAUAGACGCCUUUCUCAACAGGGUUGAGUCGUGCAACUUUGAUGGUACCAGGCGAACUCUUUUGUUGCGAGGAUCUUUGAUCCAUCCGUUUAGUCUGACAUUCUAUAAUGAGAAUGUGUAUUUUACUGACUGGAUUGCGGAAGGAAUUUUUCGGACAACGCUAACACAUGUUGGUUUGAUAUAUCCGCAGAAACCGAGGAUGCCGCGGUUUAGCCGUCCUAACGGACUCAUUUUGUAUGACAAGGAUAGAGUGAAAGGCUCGACUCGGUGUUCACGCUCUGCGAAUGGCAGUUGUGCGAGCGACCGUAUCUGCUUGCCGGAGCCACACGACGUCAAAUGUGUGUGCUCUCACGGUGUUGGCAACCGUACCACAGGCAAAUGUGAAGCGCCCGACACGUUUCUCUUGUUUUCUGAGGGAAGAGCAAUACGAGGAGUGAUUCCAAGAGACUCAUCCCACUCCGCCCAUGAGGCGUUUCCAGCAAUUAAUGUCACCGGAUUGGCUCUAGCUGUUGAUUAUAACGCUAAUAGUCAACAUGUUUAUUGGGCUGAAACGGACACAGGAAGUAUUGUGAGUUCGACCUUGAGUGGAGAGAAGUCGUUUGUGUUGGAUUCGUUGGUUGAUCCCAGAGGGUUGGCUGUCGACUGGGUGACUGAUAAUGUUUAUUACUCGGAUGCCGGAUUGAAACGGAUUGGAGUGGUCUCGGCCGAUGGUGCAUACCAUGCGAUGAUUUUCAGUAGCAAUCUGGACAAGCCCGGAAAUAUUGUAUUGGAUUCAACAGCAGGACUAAUGUACUGGGUAGAUUCUGGCUUUACUCCCCGCAUCGAGAUCGCAGCCAUGAACGGCCAAUCUCGAAGAAACUUAUUCACCGCCAAGUUACAGAAUCCCUCCGGCCUUACCAUCGAUUUCAGCAGCCAGAAACUGUACUGGAGCGACACCUCCCUGAACAAAAUUGAAAGCAGUAACCUCGAUGGCAGCGGAAGAACUCUAGUAGCAAUCUUUACUGCUGACGUUCACCCAGUUAGUCUCGUCUACUUUAAAAACGCUGUGAUUUUCUCUGAACGCAACUUCCUUGGUAUCUACCGAUUUCCUCUGAGUGGUAGCCGUGCAGCCCGGAUAGUCAGGACGACAAGCAAACCAGGUGGGAUCGUGGUGUAUGAUGCAAGCAGAACUACAGGGGUGAACGGAUGUUCCUCCGCCAACGGCGGGUGCGUUCACUUGUGCCUGCCCUUUCCUGGCGGUCGAUCCUGCGCGUGUGACGUCAACAAGACGAGAGAAUGUCGACCGACCGUUCUGAGCGGGCCGCAGUCUCUGACGGCGUUCGAGUUCGACUCCGUCGUGCUUACCUGUCGGGUCGACAGCAACGGCUUCGACGUCGUCGUGGAGUUCACCACAAACGGUUCGACCGUUCACAGUCAGUCGUAUCCUUCUGUUGGACAUCGGGUUGUGACGGCAGCCUACACUAUCUCACAGGUUGAUAUUAAUCGGGUUGGUAUGUACGCGUGUAAUGCUGCUAACCAAUACGGCAUUUCGGUGUCCGCCGAGGGAACACUUUCGGUGACGAAUGCUUCUAGAUGCGAGUCGUCUCCGUGUCUGAAUGGGGGAAAUUGUUCGAACGCGUUGGGAUGGUUUAACUGCACUUGCGCGGCCAGAUAUACGGGACCCACGUGUUCUAUUGAAAUCACAGACUGUGAUUCGAAUCCGUGUGAAAACGCCGGUCACUGUCUGAGUCUCGCAAAUGGUGGAUACAACUGUUCUUGCUCGGUCGGAUUCGUUGGUGUGCAUUGCGAGAGAAACGUCGAUGAUUGUGUGUCGAAUCCGUGCAGAAAUGGAGGCAGUUGUCGACGCGACCGGUCGACCGGUUUCGCGUGUCGUUGCCCGCCCGGAUAUACGGGCUCUGUCUGUGACGUUGACAUCAACGAGUGCGCUUCUGACCCUUGUGGGAACGACGGGACAUGCGAGGACGGACCGAACGGCUACAGUUGCGUGUGCAUCACUGCAUACACGGGACGUAACUGCGAGUCACGUGACGUUAUCAUCAAUCCUGAGAAAUCGAAAUCGGGAGGUGACCGCACUGUCUACAUAUCGGUCAGUGUCUUGUGCGCAGGUCUCGUCGUUGCUGUCAUCCUUUGUCUCGUUGGUUUUGUCAUAUAUCGACGUCGGCGGGAAGAAAAGGCGGUCGACGCACCAACUAGAAAUCUGGUGGCGACGGAUUUCAAUAAUCCUGUCUACUCUGGAGCUUCUUCGUCUGUCAUUUAUAAUGCGUACGAAAUUCCAGACGAACUGCGGGAAGGCACGCCGCCCCCAUCGACCGGUUCCGAAGGGACGGAAGUCAUUAGCAGAGCAGAGGUGUAUCCUAGUGUCUAAAGAAAGAAGACAACUUGUGGAAGGUAUCGCUGGUUGCUGGUUGGUUGUGUACGUGUUACUAUAGUAAUUUGUUGUCUCCUCUUUGGCAAAUUGAUUUUGAGAAAUAGAAUAUACAUAGGGGAGUUUUAGAGUUGCAUGAAAAGGUUGGGUGCGCAUAGGAAAAUGAUUUUAAACGGUUGUAUUUUAUAUCAACGAUUUAUAGCGUGCAAUACUAAGAUAGCACUAUGGCCAGAGUGCA